GGAUCCCUCAUGAAGAAAGUGAUCUACACGUCAGCUGAUAGAACAAUAUUGUCCCUCUUGACCAUCAUUCACUAAUAACAAGGUGUUUAAUAUGAUGAGCCAUGGUUGAGAGUAGCGACGGGGAGAGUAAGGGGGGGGCGGCGGUGACGUCCUCUGGCACGAUGGAAGGCGUCGCGUCGUCUCAGGUCCUCCCGACGCCGCCGCCAUCACCACCGCGGCCGAUGAUAUGCUACGGGAGGAUUCUACUCGGGGAGAUAACUCCUCUCUUGGCGGCCAUGAAGCGUUCGACACCUAGAUGGUCUGCGCAUCAACAGGACAUGGAGCGCGAUCCUCUCGUCGUGAAGCUCAAAGAACUGCGGACGAGCGUGACUUCCUUAGGCCCGGACGACACCAUGGACCCCAGCACGUUCCUCGACCCAUUUCUGUCGAUAAUUCGCUCCGAGGACACGACCGGCCCGGUGACCAAAAGUGCUCUAGCUGCGGUCAAUAGGAUGCUGAGCUACGGGCUCAUCACAGAGGAGUGCUCCAGCGCCGCCAGCGCCGUGGAGGCCGUGGCCGCCGCCGUCACCCACGCCCGCUUCGUGGGGACCGACCAGGGGGCCGACGAGGUGGUCCUCUGGGAGAUCCUGACGGUCCUGCGUACGCUCAUGCUGGGUCCUGCGGGUCACCUCCUCACCAACGAGUCCGUGUGCGAGAUCCUCAACUCCUCCUUCAGGAUCUGCUUCGAGACGAGGCUGAGCGAGCUCCUGAGGAACUGCACCGAGGAUGCUCUGAGACACAUGGUGCAGCUGUUGUUUGCCCGGCUGCCACAGUUCAAGGACGACCCCAGGGGCCAGGGGCAGGCCAAGAGGCUCAAGAUGAGGGCCGGCGGCGAGGGCAAGGGUAGGAGGAGGGGCAAGUCCCCUCGCCCGACUCCGUCCUCCACUCCUCCGCCGCCCGAACCUCCCCCUUCGGCCGAGGUGCCGGAGGAGGAAGAGGCGGAGGAGGAGGAGGAGGAGGAGGAGGCAGACGCUGGCGUGAAGGAGGAGGCGGAGGAGGAGGCGGAGGAGGAGGAGGCAGACGCUGGCGUGAAGGAGGAGGCGUCGCCAGCAGCUGUCGUCUCUCCGUGCGAGUCGGAGCCGGAGUCCAUCGGUAGCGCCGCGGUGGGAGACACGGCCUCCGUCGACUCGGGCGUCGUGGAGCCCAUCUGCCCCAUCUCCCUCAAGGUGGACAUCUCCAAUGCUCACUUGGCCCCAGAUAACUGCAGCUCUAUGGAGAACCUCGCAUCUCCCGUGACGGAGACCGACGGCGGUCAGUGCACCAAGGGGGGAGAUGUCGAACUGUUGGAGUCCAUCUCCGGAGAAUGCUUGGAGACCGACACGUCGCAGUCGUCGGUGGAGGCGGCGGCAAACCGCGGAAACCCAGAGUCGGAGCCGUCGGAGCCGUCGCCGCCCCGGCCGGAGGACUUACUGCAGGCGGAGAAGGAGGACUUCAUCAAUGCCCAGGGGGUCAAGUUCACACAGGAGGGAGUGAGCGUGGAGGGGGGAGCUCUGGUGCCCUACGGGAUGCCCUGCGUCAGAGAAGUGUUCAGGUUCCUCAUCUCCCUGACUUCCCCAACCAACGAGCAGAACACCCCGUCCAUGAUACUGACGGCCCUCAACCUCCUGACCGUGGGGCUGGAGGUCGGAGCGCACCACAUCAACCACACCACCUCCCUCAUCACUCUCCUCAAGGACCAACUGUGUAGGAAUCUCUUUUUGCUCCUCAAGCCGGAGCACAGACUGGGCAUCUUCAUGGCCUCGCUGCGGAUAUGUACGCUGUUCUGCGAGUCCCUCCGCACGCACUUCAAGUUCCAGAUAGAGAUGUUCCUCGACAAGCUGACGGAGAUCGUCACCUCGGAGACGGCCGGCGUGACGUACGCCCACAAGGAGCUGGCCCUGGAGACCAUCGUCCAGCUGUGGCGCAUCCCCGGCCUGAUAACGGAGCUCUUCCUCAACUACGACUGUGAUCUGUACGCCUCCAACCUGUUCGAGGAUCUGACUAAGGUCCUCUCCAAGAACGCCUUCCCGGUCCAGGGUCUCUACUCCACCAACCUCCUCUCUCUGGAGGCUCUGUUUACGGUCAUCGAGACCAUCGAGGGCCACGGCAGGGCCGGGAACGCCAAACCUUCCGACGCCUCCCGGGAUCCAAAAGGGGUCCCCCUGGUGGUGGCCCCGGUGUCUUCUGGGUACCUCCUGGGGCUGGGUCUUCGCGGGGGGUUCUGCCCCGUCACCCCGCGGCUGAAGGCUCGCUCAGUCCUGACCGACGACCGGACGGUCUCCCGGGAACACCUCGUGGCCCUCAAGGAGAAGAAGAAGCUGCUGGCCGCCGGGACGGACCAGUUCAACGCCAAGCCCGACAGAGGCAUCAAGUUCCUGCAGGACAACGGAAUAAUCGGCCAGACCAACGAGGACGUCGCCCUGUUCCUGAGAGAGAAUCCUCGGCUGUGUAAGAAGAUGAUCGGGGAGCUGGUCAGCAGGAAGAAGAACAUGGACAUUCUCUCCGCCUUCGUCAGGUCCUUCGAGUUCCGGGCCCUGAGGGUGGACGAGGCCCUGCGCACCUUCCUGGAGAGCUUCAGGCUGCCCGGAGAAGCUCCGCUCAUCUCCAUCAUCAUCGAGCACUUCUCCUCCCACUGGCACCUGAGCAACGAGGAGCCGUUCGGGAAGGAGGACGCGGCCUUCACCCUGGCCUACGCCAUCAUCAUGCUCAACGUGGACCAACACAACCAGAAUGCCAAGAAGCAGAACGUGCCCAUGACCCUCGACCAGUUCAGGAACAACCUGCGCGGGGUCAACGACGGGGCCGACUUCGACCCCGACAUGCUGGAGGAGAUAUACGACGCCAUCCGUCUGGACGAGAUAGUGAUGCCGUCGGAACACACGGGCCCGGUGAGGGAGAACUACCUGUGGAAGAUGUUACUCAAGAGAGGGGCCACCAAGGAGGGCCGGUACGUCCUGGCCAACGGCAACACCGCCUUCGACCGCGACCUGUUCGCCCUCUCUUGGGGCCCCACCAUCGCCUCCCUCUCUUACGUGUUCGACAAGUCCUCCGACGAUGCCAUCGUCCAGAGGGCCGUGUCGGGUUUCAGGAAGUGCGCCUCCAUCUCCGCCAGGUACGGCAUGAGCGACGUGUUCGACAACCUGGUCGUGUCUCUGUGUAAGUUCACCACCCUGACGGCCUCGUCCGGGGAGGCGCCGGAGCACGUGACCGCCUCGUUCGGGGCCAACAAGAAGGCCCAGCUGGCGGCCAGGACGGUGUUGGGGCUGGCCACCUCUCACGGGGACAUCCUGAGGGACGGCUGGAAGAACAUCCUGGACCUGCUCCUGCAGCUGUUCCGCUGUAGACUCCUGCCGUCCACCCUGGCGGAGAGCGAAGACUUCGUGGAGACCGGCGGCCGAGUCAGCCUCCUGAGGGAGACUCCCGCCGCCGUGCCCAGGGUGGAGUCCGGCCUCCUGUCCUCGCUCUACUCCUACAUCUCCCUCGGGGACGCAGGGACGACCCGGGGAGCCGACCCGGAGGACGCGGAGCUGUCCCGGCGGGCGAGGACCUGCAUCCUGGAGUGUCGCCCGGAGAAGCUGGUGACGGAGUCCGCCUUCCUCCGCUGCGACUCCCUCCACGAGCUGCUCAAGGCCAUGAUGGGUGCGGGGGACGCCAGCACCCUCGGGGAGGCCGGGGUGGGGUCGAGGGGCGGCCCGACGGAGGGGGGGCCGGGGGGGGGCCUCGACGAACACAGCCAGGCGUUCCUCCUGGAGUUGGUCAUACAGGUCCUGGUGGCCAACAAAGACCGGGCCCUGGGGGUGUGGCCCGGGGUACGCAACCACAUCUACGCCCUUCUGAUGGGUGCAGCCGCUGCGGACCGCCAGUUCCUGUUGGAGCGUUGCGUCGUGGCCAUGUUACGUCUGGCUAAAGUCCUCCUCAGACGGCCCAACCUGGCCAACCCCAUACUGCAAGGGUUCCGUAUGUUAUUGUUGCUGCGGCCGUCGGUGCUGCUGCGUAUCUCACUACAGGUUGUGUGCGGCCUACGGGAGGUUUUAAGCGUAAACACGGACCAUAUCCAAGACCCCAACGACUGGGCGGUGUUGUUCAACCUACUCGAGUGUGCUGGGGCUGGGGCUAAACCUCCUCCCAUUGUUAACUCCGAGCAGGCCGAUGCUACGAGUGAUGCAGGAUCCUUAUCGGACAGCGACAUGGGCAGUACCUCAGGGAUCGAUUCCGGCCACUGCACGGAAGGCGGGGCGAGUGAUUCUGCCGAGCCGUCGAGCCCCAUGGCCGCCCCAGAACACACCGAAGGAGUUAAGCCCAGUCAGCGUUCUCGAGCAGCCAGUCCCGAUCCUCUACACAAUACUGGGGGCUGGAUUCUGGUCGGCCGAGAAGGCGAGAUCGAACCCGUGGCCGUACGAGCCGUGGCCGUAAACGAAUGGGACAUCGUACACCAGAGACAGCUGGGUGAACACCGCCCUGAAGCACUGGUCCAAGCCGUCGACACCCUAAUGUUCCUGGUGAGAGAUCGACGCAUCACUCACUCCAGUCUACCCUCUGCUGUCCAGGCUUGUCGGACGUUCGUGGAGGCUACCUUGCACGGAGGCCAGACGGAAAAACGCUCCGCGCAGAAGGAGAGCUUGAGGUCUCCGUCGCGUCGCAAGACCGGCGGGCGACGCAAGGACGACAAGACGACCUCCCGGAGACCCAAAUCUCCGACUAACGGCCCCAACGCCUACGACGCCGAUGAAUCCGACUCCGACGACGUUCCCAUGACCUAUCAGCAGGUGUCGGAGAAGCUAUUGGACCUCAUGGAUACGCUACACACCGCCUCCAGCGAGAUCGUCGGAUUGGGUGAUCAGUCGACCAAUCAUCAGGCCUCGUCGCCCUCUCUCUGGCCACAGGCGCUUUGUCCCCUCCUUCAGGGUAUCGCUCGUUACUGCUGCGAUUCUCGGGCCACGAUCCGCAACAUGGCCAUGACGUACCUCCAACGAGCGCUACUCAACCACGACCUCCAGGCUCUGAGCGCAGGGGAGUGGGAGGCCUGCUUCAAUAAGGUCCUCUUCCCUCUAUUGGCCAAGCUCCUACAGCCUCUCCCUGGGUCGAGUCCUGCGUCCUUGGAGGAAACUCGGGUCCGCGCGGCCACUCUCGUCCAGAAGGUGUAUCUUCGACACCUGACGCCUUUGUUGACGCUGCCAACGUUCACCGCUCUUUGGCUGACGAUCCUCGACUUCAUGGAUAAAUACCUCAAUAUCCACCGCUCGGAUCACCUGAGCGACGCCAUCCCGGAGAUCUUGAAGAACAUGCUAUUGGUCAUGGAGACGACUCAGGUCUUCCACACGGCCGACGGCUUCACGCGGCUGUGGACGAUAACAUGGGACCGCAUCGACGCCUUCCUACCCGACUUCCGACAUAAUCUGUUCCGUAGUCAUCCGCCGUCUGAGAUACACAAGAUCGAGGUCGUACCAUCGGAGACCACGACCAAGUCUCCGUCAUCAUCCCAUCCCACGACCCCAGAUGGCAGCAGAGUAAGCACGGGACCCCAGGGAACCCCAUCGGCGACCUCCUGUACCCCAGAGACGUUACCCCAGGCAGCUACUGAUGUGGACCCCGCCAGUCCCACGGCUGACGGGGGGGCAGAGCCUUUCGCCCCCCCUACGUUACGAGAACAACAAGCCGCGAGGUUAUCACUGAGUCAAGACGCCCUACCAACUUGUUACAGCAACGCGGUGAUUCUCCAGCCACCGUUACCAACCCUCUUGCCCGUUAACUUCACCCCUCCUGCGUCUCUGACCGCGGCGACGACUUCUUCUUCUCCUCAGAUGCUGUCAACAACCCCCCUGGCCGGUGGGAGUUUGAUCGCUAGCCCCGUACCUCCCGCCCUGCCUCACCUCGCCCCCUCACCCCCUCCUCCCCCCCAGGUCGAUCCACCAAAACCUCUCCCGCCCAUAUUCCGCGUGGAGCCUCCGACCCCACCCACGUCUUCCCGGAACGACGGGCGGAGGUCGUCGUCGCCGCCCGUGCACCGCCCCGUCGACCCGUCGUUCCCCCACACACCCACUACCACACCCCACACACCCACUACCACACCCCACACCACACCCCACACACCCAUUCCACCUUCAGAGGCUUGCAUCCACCUCAAUCAGGAUGAACUGGCAACAUCUACGAGUCAUGAUACACUUGAUAGCUCCGUCUCCUCUAGCCGCCCUAAGCAAGUUUCUGGACCAUCGACGCAGCACGAACGCGUACAGAACGCGAGUCCGUGUCACCCAGAAGCCUAUCAGUACACGCCAACGCACCCCACUCCCCAUCGGAUGACGAACGUUGCCUCUGAAUUCCCGCCGACGAACUUACUCAAUCAACCUAUGCAGACGAACUUGUCAUUUGAUCAGAUGCCAACAAAUGCACAAUAUCAUCCCAUGCAAACAAACACACACACGAACGCACCCUUUGACUCCACACCAACAAACGCACACUAUUACCCCAUGCAAGCAAACGCACCCUUUGACUCCACACCAACAAACGCACACUAUUACCCCAUGCAAGCAAACGCACCCUUCGAGUCCACACCAACAAACGCACACUAUUACCCCAUGCAAGCAAAUGCACCCUUUGACUCCACACCAACAAACGCACACUAUUACCCCAUGCAAGCAAACGCACCCUUUCACCACACACCAACACUGCCCGAUACCAUAAAUGGGUCUUUCCCGCUACCACUCACCACGACGCACCCUGACACGCACCCUAACACACACCCUGACAUGCACCCUGACACGCACACACACGACCCCAAUGCUCUUAACGUCACCGGCAGCUACAUCCCGAACGACGUCAACAAACCAGCCACGACACAGAUCACCUCUAAUGAUGUUUCUCUCACCACCUAUGCCGACACCACUACCACCACUGCCAUCACUACCACCACUACCACCACUGCCAUCACUACCACCACUACCACCACCACUAAACCAGGGUCAAUUUUCCCACUCUCUCUACCAUCAUUCCUCAAUCCAUUUGCUGUGGAAGUUGACGUAGAGUUGGAAGCAGCGGCCGGUGACGUCGACCCCAGACCCUCGGCAGUAGACCCCGUCACGGUCGAACCUUCCUCCUCCUCCUCUUCCUCCUCCCCGGGGCAUGAUUCAGCAUCUUAUGUUGUCAAGGACUCAUCACUCGCCUACCGUCCGAUGUCAAUACUCUUCGGCCAAUCAGGCGAGGCCCAACCUUACCCCGUGGAAGCGUCGGGAUCAACAGAGCCUCCGACACAGGGCCGGCCUCCUCCCGUAGACUCCUCCGAAGUGGACGGAGUGGUGGAGGGCGGAGGAGGCGGCCAACAGCAGGUGACACAGGCUGUUCCGCUCCUGUUGACAAGUUCGGUGCUCCAUCCUCCUCCUCCGUUGACGCUCCUGCCUCUGGGGUCCCAAGUGGGAUCUGAGAGCAGCGAGUGAGGUGAACCUUUGGUGAACAUUCCUGUAGAAGAUUAUAUAUAUGUGUUGUGACUCAGGGUAGGUGUUGAGUGUGAGACCUUUGAGAACACCUGUGAUGGCGUUAAGUGUUGCUAGGAUUGUGAGAACACCUGUGAUGGCGUUAAGUGUUGCUAGAUGCUAAUGAGGGAACUCUGAAAACACCUGUGAUGGCGUUAAGUGUUGCUAGAUGCUAAUGAGGGAACUCUGGAAACACCUGUGAUGGCAUUAAGUGUUGCUAGAUGCUAAUGAGGGAACUCUGAAAACACCUGUGAUGGCGUUAAGUGUUGCUAGAUGCUAAUGAGGGAACUCUGAAAACACCUGUGAUGGCGUUAAGUGUUGCUAGAUGCUAAUGAGGGAACUCUGAAAACACCUGUGAUGGCGUUAAGUGUUGCUAGAUGCUAAUGAGGGAACUCUGAAAACACCUGUGAUGGCAUUAAGUGUUGCUAGAUGCUAAUGAGGGGACUCUGAAAACAGUAAUUAUGGCGUCAAGUGUUGCUAUAGGCUAGUGUUACACCUGUUUUGACGUCAGUGUUGCCAUAUGUCAAUGAACAGACUUUGAAAAGAAUAUUUAUGGCAUCAGUGUUGCCAAAUGACAUGAGGGAAAAUUCUCAAAGGACUGUAUGAGGCUUCAGUCAUACCACACACCUCAUAAGCGAACACUUCAACGCCGAUCGCUGCUUCACCGAGAAGUUCAUAUAUACAUGAGUUAUAAUCAUGUUUCCUAUUAGUUGGAUUUACGUUCAAAUACUAACGUUAUAUAGCUACAGCGGAACCUCCAUAUAACGGACUAUAUCUCUAACGGAGCCUCGAUAUAAUGGACUUUCCUCACCAUAUAGUUUGUUAGUUUGGGGUUCUACAUCUAACGGAACCUCGAUAUAAUGGACUUUCCUCUCCAUAUAAUCCGUUACAUUGGGGUUCUACAUCUAACGGAACCUCGAUAUAAUGGACUUUCACCUGUAUAUAGUUCGUUAGAUGGAGGUUUCACACACAGAGCCUCGAUAUAACGAACUUUCCUCUACAUAAUAUAUAGUUCCUUAAAUAGAGGUUUCACUGUUAAUAGACAAUUGUAAUAGAUAUAUUUAUUCUCUGCGUCCAGAUUAUGGUCGACGAGGCUCUGUUGGUGUGAAAGUUUAAAUAAAUAAAUAAAUAUAUCCCAUUUUA